CAAGGGGGAUAAUAUCGGGGGCUGGGAUCAGAUUUUGAUUUUUUGGGCCUCGAUGUAAUUUUUCCAAAAACAAAUAACUUUUAUCCCUACCCAGUUCGACCAUGCUCUUCGAAUGUCAUCAAACCUCCUCCCCAUCGUAAAAUCCCAACAUAAAAUCCUCAUUCAUCGUCCCUUCUCCUCCUCUCAUCGCUCCUACAAUGCCGUUCAUCUCUCGACGAAAGAUCACCACGUGCUCGACGAAACGCCCCAACGAAGCUCCGCCUCCUACGACUCCGCCAUCGCCGCAAGCUGCCGCAGCGGACACGUGUCCGAAUCCUGCGCUCUGCUCUCCAGGAUGAUGGCCCUCAAUCUCAGGCCCACUCGCUUCACCUUCGUCCCAAUCCUCUCCUCCCAGCCUUUGGACUUCUCUUGUGGGACCCACUUGCAUUCUUUGCUCAUCAAGACUGGACUUGUUCACUCCGAUCCUUACUCGGCGACUGCUUUAAUGGGCCACUAUGCGACACACCGGGGAUUUGAAGAAGCGGUCAAGUUGUUCGACGAAAUGCCUGUUAGGACGCUGGUCACGUGGAACUGCAUCAUUGCUGGCUUCUCUCAAACGGGUUUUGUUCAAGACUCUUUCGUUUUGUUCCGUGAGCUCUUACGGUCUGAGUUUGGACCGUCAGAGUCUUCAUUUCUCAGCGUGCUUUCUGGAUUUCAAUCUUCGGAGAGUUCGUGUUUGCUUGAGCAGGUGCAUGGAUUGGUGCUUAGGUUGUCUAUGGGUUCUUAUUCUGGUGUUUCGAAUGCGCUGCUGUAUGCGUACUCCAAUUGUUUUACCGAUACUGUAUCUGAGAGGUUGUUUGGGGAUUUAUCCGUAAAAGAUUUGGUUACUUGGAAUACGAUUAUUGCUGGUUUUUCUAGGAGUGCAAUGCCUGAGAGAGCUCUGGAGUUCUUUUUUGAAAUGUUGUCACAGGGGGUGUCUCUUAAUGAGAACACACUUGCUAGCGUUCUCGUUGCAUGUAUUGCUCUUAAUUCUCUAGUGUGUGGGGAGCUUAUCCAUGCGAAAGCUGUCAAGCAUAAUUUGAGUACAAGUGUUUAUGUAGGGAGUUCGUUAGUUGAUUUUUAUGCAAAGAGCAAAAGAUGGGAGGAUGCAUAUGCUAUGUUCAGUGAAGUUCCGAACAAGAAUGUCGUCACUUGGAAUGCUUUGAUCACGGGCUACUCAAAUAAGGAUUCCAGUGAUAUGCUAGUGCUUGUUAGAGAGAUGUUAUGUUCUGGGUUCAGACCCAAUGAGUUCACAUUCUCUUCUAUUCUCAGAAAGGCUUCUGCUUUGGAUCUUUGGCAACUUCAUUCAUUAGUUAUAAGGAUGGGAUAUGAAAACAAUGACUAUGUUUCUACUGCUUUGAUUUCCUCUUACGAUGCUCAUGACAUGACUUCUGAUGCCUUGGCUUGUACUUCAGCUUCAGACUGUUCAAUUCAUGUUGCUCCCAGUAAUGUUCUAGCUGGUAUUUACAACAGAAUGGGCAGAUACAAAGAUACAAAGGAGUUGCUUCUCCAGCUUCAAUACCCUGAUACUAUUUCAUGGAACAUAUUAAUUGCUUCUUGUGCAAAAAAUGGGGAAUACUCUGAGGCUCUACAAUUGUUCAAAAGACUGCAAAUUGCAGGAAACCUUCUAGAUAACUACAUGGCUGUGAGUCUGUUAAGCAUUUGCUCAAAGAUCAACAACCAUGGAUUGGGUAGUACACUUCACGGGCUUAUUAUUAAGACCAAUGCUGGAUAUUCUGAAACUUUUGUCUCUAAUGUAUUAAUGGAUAUGUAUGCUAAGUGUGGUAGCCUCAAGAGUUGCUUGAGGGUUUUUCGAGAGAUGGGAGAGAGGAAUCUUAUGUCAUGGACAUCUCUGAUAUCAGGCUUUGGACUUCAUGGUCGAAUGAAUGAGGCACUGGAGACAUUUAUGCAAAUGAAAUCAGAUGGAUAUAGGCCUGAUAAAGUUGCAUUUCUUGCAGCGCUUUCAGCCUGUAGGCAUGGUGGAUCAGUUGAACAUGCAAUGUUGUUGUUCGAAAAUAUGAAAAAUGUUUAUGGCAUUGAACCAGAGAUGGAUCACUACAUAAUAUUAGUGGACUUGUUGUGUGGGUAUGGGCAUCUUAAAGAGGCCGAAAAGAUGAUUUAUGGAAUGCCUUUCCAACCAAAUCCUGUGAUAUGGCGAAUCUUUCUCCGUGGUUGUCAGACGUAUCAUCAAUUUUUGUGACUUCAUAAAUGAUUGUGAUCGUUCGGAUUCUGAGCUUCUAGCAAGAUGCCACUUCAUGAUUCUGUGUAACGAGAUUACAGAACCACACUGGUCACUUUUUAAGAGGUGGUGGCUUUUUCUUCUUAUUGCAUUAUUUGGGCUUAAUUUCCAAUUGCUCCCAAUCAGAGGAAAUCCAGAUGGAGCUAUAUGCAACUUCAAUACAUGCAAACAAAAAUACGCAAAUGUUUGAUUAGCUGCAGUCAGAACUGCAUGUAAAUGAGAGCCUUUUGAAGCCAAUUGUUGCAGAUGGAUGUCGUUAAAAAAAACUGAAAAGGCUGUUACACCAGUUAUAAUAACUCUUUUAGAUUCAAAAUUACUUCUUCCAAGCUACAUGCUAAACGCAUUCUUCAUUUUUUCCCCAGUAGGUGUUUCAGUCAAGGUUGUUUAGGCCAAAUAAGAUCUAUGUCCUUAACUGCAGCUAUAAUAUCUUCAUGCAGUUGAGGUGAAUCUCAUGCCAUAUCAAACAAAUACAACCGCUGAUUGUGAACAAGAUGUGCCAAUAAAUCUUCAGAACUUAGGUGAAUGUGUAAAAAUUGUUUGAGGCUGCAUUGAUACUGGUGGGGGAAAUUUCAAGAGACAAACCCAAGCUAAAGACUGAAAUAAUGUUGGAAAAUAUAUUAUUAAAGUUCACUGAGUAGACAAUCUAAAUUUGGAUUUCAAGAUAUGCACAAGCAGAAACAUGAUAAAAAACAUCUUGUUGAUGCCAUUACUCAUUACAGUAAUAAAGAAUUUAGGAUCUGUUUUACUAUUAUUUUGUUAAAAUCUCAUUGCUAGAAUCUGAAGACUGGAUUGGACUGAACUGGAUAUUUGCUGAGGGGUUUACUUCUUUUAGUUAGAGUCAAAUUAGGAUUCACAUUGGACUUAGUCUCUUCAGGAAAUUAAUGAGUAUUACUUGAAAAAGAGUUAGGAUAUUACUGGAGAUAACUAAGGAGAUAGUAUUGCUUGUUGGCUGUGGGAUCCACAGCUAUCAGUGCAUUUGUUGAUAUUUAAAAGGGAGACUGCAGAUCUUCUUGAGUUAAAAUAUUUCUGGUAUAUGCUGCUGUAAGGUUUUGAUGAGGUCAACUAUGUUUCCGAAAUGAAACAUUGUUUUUUUAGUAGAUGCGUAGAAAGCAUCUUUAUUAAGUUUUUUUGUCCCUUUCCCUUUUCUUUUCAUGAACUCUUGAGGACUUGUUUGGGUAAUUUGAAUAAAUUCUUCGGAGAUCUUGUGGUUGAAAACCCUUCAAUUCAUCCUUGUUUUCUUAUACAGAAACCCAUAGAAUUCCAAAAGCUAUUAGAAGAAUUUAUGACAUGACCGAAGUGGACGGAGUCCAUAUUUAUCUUUUUCAACUGAGGAUUGGACCAAUGUGGGGGGAUUCGAACAUGAGGAUGUUUUGGUAUAUCCCAUGGACAGUUGCCACUUUCCACAUUCUUAGGAAUUGAAGCUACCCAGUCAAGCUCCAAGUGUUUUUAACUUUUAAUUCCCUCCAUGUAUAUUAACUUUUCUCCGAUCUAUCAUUUUCCUUUAUUUAGGCCCAUCACCUUGCAAAUGCACUUUAAAACAAAUUCAGUUUCCACACUCACCAAUCACAAUUUAAUUUAGUUUGUAUCUGUGCAUGAGUGGCAAAUGCAUGCAUUUGUUAAAAGAGGGGUUUCCUUGUAUCAUAUGGUACUCAAGUUUCUGUAAUAUUUUAUUUAUGUCUUUGAAGUAUUUGAGAACAUUAUUUGACAUAGAAAAAUUAGACUCUAGUCUCUGAUAACAUUGGCAAGAACUCAUGUGAUGUAGGCAUUUGGGUGGAUCCCUAAAGAUUCUGCCAGCAUUAGGGUUUGGAUACGAGUAUGGGUGCUAAAAGGUAGGAUACAUGGACAUGAUUCUAUAUGCAUAUUAAAAAUAAUAAUGUCCAUGAGAUCAGUAUUGUUGUUUCAUUCGCAUUGUAUGAAAACUAAAAUUCCUAGACAUUUUCACAUUUUGUUAUUAAGUAGAUUAUACAUAUUGAAAAUAAUAAUGCACAUGAGAUCGAUAUUGUUGUUUCAUUCACAUGGUAUGCAAACUAAAAUUCCUAAAUAAAAAUUUUGUUUUUAUUAAGAAAAUUAUAAAUUGGAAAACGGCUCAUUCUUGAACUAGAUAUCUAAACGACCUUUAGAGUCAUAUUUCCGUACUGAGUAUAGGUUGAAACAAACCCGAUUUGCGUGCAAGUUGCAGAAAGUGGAUGUGAAGUAUAAGAUAUACCCCUAAGAAGUGUAUGCUGAAUACUUCAAACUAAAACAUGUAUUAUAUAAUUGAGUACACAUUUGAAUAAAUGUAUGCAUAUAUUCAAGGAGUGUCAGAGUCAGACAUGGAAAUGGGGAGUGUCAGACACCUGUAUGGUAGCCCAGAUGGGGGUGUUGGGGUACCUUAGGUAGUAAUACUUGUGGCAAAAGGUUGUAUGAGAUAGCACUCCCUCACGUGCUCUGCACACACAGCCUUUUUGAAAUCUUUAACUGCUCCCUGCCCUACAACAAAAUAGCUCAUGUCUCAAAUCUUAUAUUUAAAGUAUACUCGAAAUGAACCAGGUAUUAGUCAUCAAAGUUCAAGUACUCUCCAGCUUUAUUCUCGUUUAUUACACAACCAUUGCAAAUUAUAGAAUUUCAGACCUUUCCUUUUCUCGAAAUUCUCUUAAGUCCCUUUUCCCAACCACAUUUCCUGCCUUCUCUAUUAUUAAGGUCUAGUAUCAGUAUUUUAUCCUUCUUAAGCCCUCUACAAGGAUGCAUAAUAUUCAACCAAGCUAGCGUCUUGGAGCUAUCCAUGUUCAUUUUCUGUCGUUUUUCACUGUGAGUAGCUCCUGAUAAUUGACAACUCACUGUAGAGUGAAAAAUCUGCAGUAAGAAGCUUAUUUGCGACCUAGCAAAGCUUAAUCUACCCAUAUGUAAUGAGUGACACGAAUCAAGAAGAGCCAGAAACCCAGAAACAUAGCCGUCCAAGACUCCCUUAGCUUUUCUCCAUCUCUUUUACUAUCUAUGGAAAGUAUAUUGGAGUCAACAUCUUUGCAUUACUUGGUAGUCUGUUUCAUGUUAAUAUUCUUUCUAUGGAAAGUAUUUCUGUUCCAAUAAACACGCCUAAUUUAAUUCAAACAGAAUACAUGGUGCAGAUAAGGAAACCAACCCCUUUAUAUUUUUUCCCUCACCUUUGAUACAACCUACAGGCAGGAGCCAUUUCUUGAUAAAAGUUCUAGCUAACCUAUUCUGUCAUGAGACUACUAGAUAUAGGCCAUGGUUGUAGCGUCUCUUAUCUCUAUUACUCUCUUGAUUUUGAUUAGUCUGCCGGAGUUAAUUGUGUAUCUUAUCAUUCUACUUUAUCCAGUCGGGCAGGAUAAGCUUCAUCAUUUUCAUCUAAGGAUUCAAUCACUGGUUGAAGUUGUCUGGGCGGUACUUCUAUUGUGUAUUAGAUGGAGUGGUUGAAACCAUAAAAAUAUCAGUAUUGUAUAGUCACAACUAUUCUUUUAUCUGAACUUUUUGUUGAAGCCCACAUCAAAUUUGAUAUCUUAUUUGUGGAUAAGGUCACUCUGAAUUUUCUAUUGACCUCCAUUAAGGAUGUCUUGGCUAGUGAAGUAAUCAGUGCAGAAUAAAAGAUUGUUAUCUCUUUAUCUUGUUUUUUGUUUUCACAUUUCAUUUCCUUGUUCUUUCAGCAACAAUUUAUAUCCUUUGGUUUUAUUUGAUUGUACAGGCGAAUGAAAUAGAACAAAGGAAACAAAUAGGAGAAUGAACCUUGUAAUCUUUCCGCUUUAUCUCGACUCUUGCUUUAGAUAAAUAUUAAGAGUUGCUCCUAGUUAUGCAAAAUUGAAUCUCAUAAACCAGUGAAUACAGCCUCUUUACCUGCCAGCUGGUGACAAGAUUUCAUGGAAGCCCCUUUUUCUUGUAUGUAAAUUGUCUUAGAAUGUGACACCGAAGUUAUCAGUUUCUAUCAGAGUGAUAGCUGGUUGUAGGAUUUUUUUUUUCCCUUUUUUCUCCAUAGUCCUGCAAAUGUUUCUUAUGUUAGAGUGGUGAUAAAGACUGACUUUAUCUGAAUAAAAAACUUUUUUGGUUGAAGAUGAUGGUUCAACAAUCAACUGUAGGUAAUUGGUUAACGUCUUUACUUGAAGAUAGGUUUUAAUUAGUGGAAUCUGGAUAAACUCAGCUUUCCAUUCUUUUUCAUUCUUGAUAAUUAAAACCAAGCGCACGUUUUAAAAUACGAUAGAGUUUGAGGCAAAUAUAUGCAGUAUAUCCUUAUUAAAUGGCCAAGUUGCGUAGCAUCAAUCUCUUUUUUUUUUUUGCCUCUUUCUUAAUGCUUUUAGGCAAGGAAAACCUGCUGAGGAUUUGCUAACCAACACUGGAUAAUUAUAUUCCUUUCUAUUUAAGAGUGUAGUAACCUGCUGCAAUUGCUUGCCACUUUCUGAGUUUAUGUCAGGUUGAUUGUCUUUUUUACAAGAAAAAACUGGUAUCCAGCACAUAGUUACGCCAUCAAAGUAGAGUGGACGUGAAAAUGGACCAUGCAUGUAAAGAUGUAUGAUGAUUGGUUAGAGCACUGAGGAUCAUCUUAUCUUUUUAAUUUUGGGUACAUUAUCAUAUAUAAGUCAACUUAUGCUGACUUAAAUAUAAUAAGGCAAGACUUUUAGGACACACGCCGAUAACAUUAUAUAUAAUUCUUUAGCAUUCUACAAUGCUGAGUCAUGAAGAAUGUGUGUGCGAACAUGGGAAGAAUAAUUAUGUAACUUAGUGACUCUCUUAUGUACUUUAUUGAGGGAAAGCAGAUGAAACACUUAAGAGAUGGAUGAAAUUUGUCAAUAACUAAUGACAUUCAAAGUUUCAGUUAGAUUAUUCCGAGAGUGGAGUUUCUGGUGCUAUAAUGUCCAUGAAAUCACUUGAGUCCAACCGGCGAGGAUACAUAGUCUUUAUAUCGGAAUUGAACAGUAGUUGAAUCUAUGUGAUAGUAAUUGAGGGUCUGAAAGGAAAUCUCUGUUUAAGUAUUUUAGCCAAACAUCAUGCUAGAAUGUUUCAUGGUAUGAUGCUGUGCUCACGCAUGAUAUUUCUUUGGAAGUUUUAUUUUCUUGCACCAACUUAAGAUGAUUGCUACUGGUUUAACUACUUCUCAUUCUCUUGAAAAAUUAAUUCAUUAUGUUUAUCUAGGUCCAAGUGCAAACACAGCAUUCUUUAUGUUUCUUAUUGCAUGACAAUUGAACUUCGAGUUUAAAGCUGCCACCAUUUCAUAGUUCUAACACAUUACAGUUGCACUAUCUAGUUUAAGAAGACACGUUUGUUUUUUAUCACUUCGUUCUUCACCACUAAACAUAAUGAGCCAAAAGUGAAGGAAACUAAAGAGGACUUCACACACAAAUAUUUCAAACUAAUUUAAUAAGGGUCACAGGCUUAUACAUAGCAAUAUAAUUUCCUCCCUCUCCCUCUCUCUCUCCCUCUCCCUCUCUCUCUUUUCAUGGUAUCAGACACACCACUAAAAAGACCAAACUGCCAAAAAGAAUCCUGAAAAGAUUCUUGGAACUAAUGAUGUUGAGGAUCUGGACCACCUGGGCUCAGCCGCUUUGAUUCAUAAGAACUCCUCUCUCCUGGCAUUGCUCCUGAGAUCAUCUUGAACAUUGUGUUCUUUGCAUCCUUUGGCCUCUCAAUGGAUUCCCUUAGAACUCGUGAUUCCAAGCACCAAAUGGAGAAAGACAUAAUCAGAAUGAAGCAUAAAAGAAUCUUUGGACUGAAAGACUUCAUAUCCUAUCUUAUUAACAGGAGUAGAAGUAGGAUGUGGGCAAGAGUCUAAGGCAUCAGGUCUUCAGUUUUUAUAGUAGUUUCUUCACAUUUUAAAACCAUAUGGAGCCAAACGUGUGUUCUUUUCUUUUGUGAUUAAAUUUGUCUUUUUAUGCAGUCCCUUCUCCACCCCACUUAACGGUUUCUUUGAGAAGGGAGGAAAAGUUUUGCCACUCAGCAAAAGUGAUUGUCCUUCGCCGACCUAAUUGUAAACUAAAUGGUUUGGUAGGCCAUCCAAGUUUGAGUAUCACUGGUAUCCACUAUGAACUAUCCUUAAUCAAAUUUUGACCGACAUUUGCAUGCUGCACAGAGAGUUGUAUUUAUUGGUAUUUUUGAGGUUUUUAGUACAGAGGUUUUAUCCGUUUUUAUAAUGCGUGUAUAUGUUAGUAUCACUGACUGUUUUGAUAAUUUGAUUAGUAAUCUGGAUUUGCUUCUUCCUUUCUUUCUCAGUUAUUUUUGUUAAUGCAGAUAUAUCUUUGUUAAUUGCACAUUGACCCCCCAAAUUUUCAUUGUUUUGCACUUACUACUACUGUCAUUUCAUUGUUGAAGGUAGACCGCCUGGGUUAAAUUAUUCUCUUUUACUCUUUUAUUGCCUCUGGGUGAAAUUAGUUUCAUUGUUGCAGAUAGACCCCUGUAGGAUAAUUUGUUAAUAUCGAAUAUCUCCUGUAGUUUCAUUGUUGCAGAUAGACCCCCUCGGUUAAAUUAUUUUGACAAUUUCACCCUCAGAUAGGCUCAUUAAUUUACACGGGCAAAAUCUGCCAAAAUUUCAGCAUGGGUAAAAGUGUCAAAUUUUUUUUAACAUAAGGUCUUUCUGUAAUAAUGAAACUAAAAGGGCAGUAAGUGCAAAGCACUGAU